AUGGUGAACGUUCCAAAAACCAGAAGAACCUACUGUAAAGGUAAAGAAUGUCGUAAACACACCCAACACAAGGUCACCCAAUACAAAGCUGGUAAAGCCUCAUUGUUUGCCCAAGGUAAGAGAAGAUAUGACAGGAAACAAAAGGGUUACGGUGGUCAAACCAAGCCAGUUUUCCACAAAAAGGCCAAGACCACCAAGAAGGUUGUGUUGAGAUUGGAAUGUGUUGUCUGCAAGACCAAGGCUCAAUUGGCUUUGAAGAGAUGUAAGCAUUUCGAAUUGGGUGGUGACAAGAAACAAAAAGGUCAAGCUUUGCAAUUCUAA